GGACCCAGGGCUGACACAGUGGACCCUUACAGGAUGGGACUAGGACCCAGGGCUGACACAGUUGACCCUUACAGGAUGGGACUAGGACCCAGGGUUGACACAGUGGACCCUUACAUGAUGGGACUAGGACCCAGGGCUGACACAGUGGACCCUUACAGGAUGGGACUAGGACCCAGGGMCGAGCCAGGUGGAGUAACGAACAGGCUGGGACCCAGAGGGACUCCAGCGGGGCUGAGGCUGGGCCUGUGGAUCCUGUGUUUCAGCUGGUUCUGCUUCACUGCUCACGCUCAGAUGAAGAUACCACCUGAGACGGUCCAAGUUUGGGCAAAUGUCCUUUCAGUGCAACUACGCGAGGCUGCCACAAGAUACUCGGGAGCUAACAUUCUGCAAAAGAAAUUCAGAGAUGUAGAGUCCAUUAUCAAGAUAGUGGACAUCGAUGGUAGAGCCCAAGUGAGGGACUUUUCAGAGGACAUAGAGAGAAUGCUGGGGUCCAAGAUGAAGUCUGUUAAGCGGUUGGCUGAGUCUGCGGAGGAUGCAGAUUUGUACCACGAGUUCAACAAAACUCUACAGUUUGACUACUAUAACUCCAUGCUGGUGAACACAAUGAAUGACGAUGGUAACUUCAUAGAGCUGGGUGGGGAGUUUCCUCUGGAGGAGAAUGAGCAUUUCAACAACAUCCCAGUCAAYACAAUGCAGAGUGACGUACAGGUCCCCACCAAUGUCUACAACAAAGAUCCCUACAUCCUCAAUGGAAUCUACAUGUCGGAGGCUCUGAAUGACGUGUUCAUCAAUAACUUCAAGAAAGACCCCACCCUCACCUGGCAGUACUUUGGCAGCUCCUCGGGUUUCUUCAGAAUCUACCCUGGUAUCAAAUGGACUCCAGAUUCAAAUGGUGUGGCUGCUUUUGACUGCAGGAACCGUAACUGGUAUAUUCAGGCGGCCACCUCACCAAAGGACAUUAUCAUUGUGGUGGACAUCAGUGGCAGUAUGAAAGGCUUGAAGAUGACCAUUGCCAAACACACCAUCAACACCAUCCUGGACACGCUGGGGGAGAACGACUUUGUCAACGUCAUUGCUUACACUGACUACGUGCGCUACGUAGAGCCCUGCUUCCAAGGCACUCUGGUGCAGGCUGAUUUGGACAACCGUGAGCAUUUUAAGGUGCUGGUGGAUGAGCUGCAUGUGAAGGGAGAGGGUAAAGUUGCGAAGGCCAUGAAGGAAUCGUUCAAAAUCUUGAACGAGGCAGCGACCAAGGGCCAAGGCAGCCUGUGCAACCAGGCCAUCAUGCUGAUCACAGAUGGAGCCAUGGAGGACUUCAAGGACGUGUUUGAAGAGUUCAACUGGCCUGAUCGCAGGGUGCGUCUCUUCACUUACCUAAUAGGCAGAGAGAUGACCUUUGCAGACAACACCAAGUGGAUAGCCUGCAACAAUAAGGGUUACUACACACACAUCUCCACUCUGGCUGACGUACAGGAGAAUGUCAUGGAGUACCUUCAUGUCUUGAGUCGACCAAUGGUCAUCAAUCACAAUCAUGACAUCAUCUGGACGGAGGCCUACAUGGACUCUGUGCUCUUUGCCACAAAGGCUCAARAUUUACUUCUCAUGACCUCCGUGGCAAUGCCUGUCUUCAGCAAGAAGAAAGAGACGCUGUCCCAUGGGAUUCUGCUGGGUGUGGUGGGUUCUGACAUCCCCCUGCUGGAGGUCAUGAAGUUGGCUCCCAGAUAUAGGCUGGGUCCACAUGGUUACGCCUUCCUCAUCACCAACAACGGUUACAUCCUGGCACACCCUGACCUACGACCUCUUUAUAAAGAUGGUAAGAAGCUGAAACCCAAGCCCAACUACAACAGUGUGGACCUGGCCGAGGUGGAGUGGGAGGACAUAGAUGAGACACUGAGGACAGCCAUGGUGAAAGGGGAGACGGGCACUCUGUCCUUAAACAUGAGAGCAUCAGUGGACAAAGCGAAAAGGCCUAUGUUCUUAACAAAUGACUAUUUCUACACAACCAUCAACGACACCCCAUUCAGUUUUGGUAUGGUGCUGACCAGAGGUCACGGACAGCUGAUGUUCAUGGGGACGGUCUCUGUGGAAGAGGGUAAGUGCCAUUGGCCACUCUCUCUGCCACUCAUCUACUGCAGAACAAUCUGGUUUAGUGACUGGUUUUCAUCCAAUCUCCUCUCAGGCUUGCAUGACCUGACGUCCCCUGAUCUAUCCAUAGCCGCUGAGUGGACAUACUGUGAGACAGACAUUGACCCUCACCACCGCAAAUACUCUCAGCUCCAGGCUGUCAUUCGCUACCUGCAGGGGAAGGAGCCUGACCUGGAGUGUGACGAGGUGCUGCUGCAGCAGACCCUGUUUGAUGCUGUGGUGACAGCCCCUUUAGAAGCCUACUGGCAGGCAAUAAUGCUCAAUGCAUCUGGGAUGGAGGCGGGUGUGGAGACAGCCUUCCUGGGAACUCGCUCUGGCAUCAUCCGGCUGACCAGAUACACCGGCAUGGAGACCAGGGUCGCCAAGAAGUUCCUGACUCCAGCGGAUAAGGACAACCUGUUCACCAUGGACCACUUCCCCCUGUGGUACCGUCUGGCCAUGGAGAACCCUCCCGGAAGAUUCCUCUACUACAUGCCGGUGGAGGACAACGACAACAAAGACAAGACAGGGGCGUCGAAGUAUGUCAUAGCUGUCACAGCUGUGACUGUGUCAUCGGGAGGCAAGACAGCCAUGGCUGGAGCCAUCGGGGUGCAGAUGUCCUUGGAAAUGCUGGAGAAGAGGCUAUGGGCCAUUACCUUUCAGCCCAAUGACACAGACUGUACUGAAGUGGAAGGUGUCUGCCCUCUCACCUGUCAAAGCAUUGAUGUCAACUGUUUCCUUGUGGACAGCAACGGUUUUAUCAUAGUCUCGAAAGAGAGGUCAGAGGUCGGACGUUUCUUCGGGGAAGUGGACGGGUCUGUGAUGACAGCGUUGAUCAAGUCAGGCAUGUUCAAGCAGGUGUCGCUGUAUGACUACCAGGGUAUGUGUAGAUCAGGACACAGUCAUUCCAGUAGUGCUCGGCCUCUGCUCAGUCCUUUCUACGGCCUUGCGGCAGUGAUCAAAUGGUUCUUUUCUCACAUGUUGAUGUUCUUAAUGGAGUUCAACUUCUGUGGGUUGUGGCACUCGGAUUACAUCGUAGACGCCAAGGCUGGCUACCAUACAUCCCAUAAAGCCAAGAAGGUUGACGCGCUGCAGCCGUGCGACACAGAGUAUCCUGGCUUCGUGUACGAUUCCUCCAUCAGAGAGACCAACAGCCUCAUCAAAUGUGGCCGUUGUCAGAAGAUGUUUGUGGUGCAGGCGGUUCCUGAAAGUAACCUGGUGUUGAUGGUGGUCCAGGCGGACUGUGACUGCUCCCGCCAGUACUCCUCCAUCACACUGGAGCCCAAGGAGGUCAAAUACAAUGCAUCAGUCAAGUGUAACAGGAUGAAAUCUCAGAAAGUCCGCCGGCGCCCAAACUCCUGUCACGCCUAUCAUCCUAAGGAAAAUGCCAAGGACUGUGGAGGAGCUUCAGAGAUCAGCCUAUCGGUGGCCGUCUUCUUGACUUCUCUGGCCACUUCAUUGGCCUUCUGAAGAUGGACAUAACAAGGCUCCACCUCUCUUAUGGCCGUUCACAUUUCCUUUUUGUAUAUUUUCUGAAAGACUUUUAACUACAUAAAGGACCUACCAACACAGUAGUUAAAGUCAAUUCCGGAGCAAGGGCUAUUUUCUAGUAAGACUCCUUUUCCCACAAUGAGAGAGAAAGAGACUCAACAGUCCAAACAAAUGCCACAUUUCUAUGCUUGGGACUCUUUUGCAUGAGCCAUGGGAUAUGAACUUGUGGACAUGCGAGGCAAUGAGAGACUGUUAUUUUCAUGGAGACACUAAUAUAGUAGGACCUACCCUGCCCUCUGCUGGACAAUCCAUCUGAGUGCAGACUGAAAGACAACCACCCUGACAAACUCACUCAACUGGAGAACUGUUGCCACGUGCAAAUCAACAGGAAAAUAGAAUGUUUGCUUAUUUCUGAUUUUUAUACACAGUAACAUUAAGCUGUAUUGUAUUAAAACUAUUUUUUAUGUUGAAAUGAACUACUGUACCAAAACUGUGUGCUAUGAAAUAGGAAUAUUCAUAUUUUUGUGGUAUACUUGAUGAACAUUUGCAAUAAAUAAUAAAUAAUGUAUGUCAUUACAUUGGUGUUUAGACCGGGAACAUG